CGCGCCUUCGGUUCAGCAGUCGCUCAAUCUCACACACUUUGAAGAGUCUCUUUCAUGAUUUCACAAUGGGGAAAGUAGUUGUCUUCACGCUUGCUGUCGCUGCGUUGUCGUUGCUUUUGGGAGAGAGAGUGAUGAACUUGAGGAAAAGGGCUCUGGCUUCCAGAGAGCUGGUCAAGAAGCACCUUCCCAACUGCGUUUUUCUGAAAGAUCUUGAGAAUGGAUCCAAUGACAUAACGAUCCUUGAUGAUGGAAUUGCGUUUAUAAGCACUGGGCGUAAGGUUCCAGGACUGCCGACCUCAGAUGCACCCGGAAAAAUCUUCUACCUCGAUCUGCAAGAUCCUGACCUGAAUCCAGAGGAGAUGCGUAUCAGUGGAAACUUUGAUCUGGAAUCAUUCAACCCUCACGGCAUCAGCCUAUACAUGGACCCAACUGACAAUAAGAUAUACCUCUUCGUGAUCAAUCAUCCUCAACAAAAUAGCCAAGUGGAGGUCUUCAUAUAUGAUGAAGGCAACAUCUCUCUGCUUCAUGUGAAAACCAUCAAACACGAGCUCCUCCACAGUCUGAAUGACAUUGUCGCAGUGGGAGUAGACAGCUUCUACGCCACCAACGAUCACUACUUUACUCAAGACACCAUCAUGGCAUAUGUGGAGCCAUUUCUGGACCAGCCUUGGUGUAACGUUGUGUUCUACAGCCCGGGGGAGGUGAAGGUGGCCUCUGAGGGUUACUACAUUGCAAAUGGAAUCAACAUUUCACCAGACAGGAAACACAUAUAUGUGGUGGAUAUAUUAGACCACAAAGUCCAUGUGCUGGAGCGACAACAUGACAACUCACUGGCCUCAGUGAAGGCCGUGGACGUGGGCUCGCUCUGUGACAAUGCUGAAGUUGACUUAGAAUCCGGUGAUCUUUGGUUGGGCUGUCACCCGAACGGAUGGAAAGCUUUCAUUUUCGACCCCCAAGAUCCACCUGGAUCAGAGGUCAUCCGCAUCCAGAACAUUCACUCCGACCAGCCGGUGGUGACUCAGGUGUAUAUGGACGACGGCAGUGUGAUCAUUGGCUCGUCUGUAGCAACCGUCUAUGGAGAGAAGCUGCUCAUCGGCACUGUCUUCCAUAAAGCCCUGUACUGUGACUUGAGAUGAGAACUAACUGUACAGAUUAAAUGUGUUUAGAGUGCAGCAUAAACACUGAUAACCAACAAACAUUUGUAUUGUUUCAAUUAUGAACUUCUUUACAAACAAAAUAUUUCAGAUUGUUUCUUUUUUUAAAAUCAAAUAGGGUGACGAUGUGUGACGAAUAGUCACAAGCAGCUGGACCAUGAAGGGUUAAAUCUACUCUAUAUGGGCCGAUAUAAUUCACCCAAUAUAUAAUCAGAGAACCUUAAUAAUGUGUCUUUCUUACAUUUCUCCCCAGUCUCCAAAGUCCACAGCACCACAUUCCAGUGAGAUCUGAGAGAUCUGUCUGCAGGACAGCGUGGUCCUUGUCUCUCUGUUGAGUUAAGGCAAGGCAAGGCGAGCUUAUUUGUACAGCACCAGUCAAGACAAAGAAACGCAUAAAAUCACAUUAAUAUCACUGAAACAUGAGACAUCAUGAAAGGAACAGCACAUUUAAAAGACAGUUGAUACAGAAGAAUAAGCUUAUUUGCAGAUGAUGUGAUGUUAUACAUAAUAGACCCGUCUAAACCCCUUGUUCGACUACAAUACAUGGUUGGUUUAUAUGGUCCACUUUCAGUGUACCCAGUACAUUAUGAUAAGAGAGAAAUCAUCCCACUGUCAACAUUCAAUCAUUCUGAAUGUCAAGGUAUCUCUGCAUUUAAAUGGUCUCCCGAGGGUUUGAAAUACACUCAACAAAAAUAUAAACGCAACACUUCUGUUUUUGCUCCCAUUUUUCAUGAGAUGGACUUAAAGAUCUAAAAUUCAUUCCAGAUACACAAUAUUACCAUUUCUUUC